AUGGAGAAAUGAGACUUCAGUGGGACUCGCUCAGCGCCUCUGGAAAGGAUAAGGUCUGGUUUCCUCUCCUUCCACUGCUGCCCCGCUGUCUCUGCCAGCCAGAAUGUCCCAUUUUGUGCUGUUUCACUGGAUGGUGAUACAGAUCUUUAUAGCACCCACGGUGUCUGUGGCCACGGUCAGAGGAACAGCAGGACAAGCUGUGACACUGCCCUGCUCCUACUCGGUGAGACGGCCCAGGGACAUCUCCGACAUGUGCUGGGGCAGAGGCUCCUGCCCCAAUUCCAAGUGCUCCAACAACUUGCUGCGCACCUCUGGCAGCAAGGUGGCCUACACAGCAUCCUGGAGGUACAACCUGUACGGCCGCAUUUCCUCUGGGGAUGUGUCCCUGACGAUUAAGGCGGUGAGGAUGGAGGAUGCAGGGGUGUACUGCUGCCGCGUGGAGAUCCCCGGCCUCUUCAACGACAUCAAGCGCAACAUUCAGCUGGAGGUGGCCGCAGCCCCUCCAGUGACCACCACCACCACCACCACGAGAAAUGCUCCUGUUUCCUCUGAACAUUUUACAGAAACAACUUUUGCUCCCCAAGCAACCUCUGACGUGCAGCCAACAGCAGAGACUGCAGUCCUGCUGACAAACAGCACCCUGCCACCAGAAACCACAGCCCCCGAGAUUCCAGCAGUGACCACAGGGGAGACCUCUGCUCCCCCAACAAUGGCUGGGACAGACAAUGAUAUUUUUCCUGUAACUACGGUGGAAACGACUUCUCCCCCAGACUUUCCAGCUACUUCCCCAGCAGCUGAAGUGACAACUGAAGAUGUUGUGUUCUGCUCCACGCCCCCUGGAAGCACAGAGGUGGCUACUGAAUUCCCAGGUACUCUUCCAACUGCAGAGGAAACCACCACCUCUGGCAUGAUGGAAGAGAUGGCAGUCAUGGAGGUUGCAGCAAAUUCAGAUGGCAAUGCUGGGAAAUAUGAAGAUAGAGGAUAUAAGUUUCCCAGCUCUAUUAUUCUCGUUGCCUGUGUCACAGUGGGGUCCAUCCUUUUCUUGCUGAUGAUCUCCUUGGUUUGGAAGCGUAAACAGGCAAGGAAGAUUAUAGUAAAAAGUGUUGGACCACCAGAAGACACUGACAAAGUUUUCAGUGGUGCUGAGGGAGAAAACAACAUUUUUUCCCUGUGAAGAGCUCCUACAUCAUCUGCAGAUGCCAUGGGAAAUAAAAAGGGCCUGCUCCACGCUGCACUGAGAUCCUUGUGAGCCCUCAAAAUAUCAAUGGAUAUAAAACAAAGGCCAAAGCUUCAACUAUGAAAAUUUAAAAUCUUUGUGCAAAUUUUCCCAUAGCACCCUUAAAAUUCAUUGCAUAAAGAAGCUUAUUUGAGAAGGGGCUUUAUGCAUUAUUCAAGGAUGUUCUGGCAUCUGCCUUCUUCCUAGCACUGUGUUGCACAACUGAAUUUGUUUUUCUCCAUUUUUACUAAUGCUCUUCCUUGAGUACAACUUGUACUGUGAGGAACAGAAGUGAUCACAUGGAAGGCUGCCUAUCUUCAAAUUGCCAUAAAGAGAGAAAAGGAAUCAUAAAAUACAGUUUUUAAUGCUUUUAUGUAAUCAACAGAAAAAUUAAGCAGUAAGAAUGCUGUGAAUUUAAAUCAAAACUGCAGAUUACUUAAGGGGUAUCACUACUGCCUGUGAUUCAGCAUGUUUGAAUAACCCUUGGAAAAUAUGUUAAUAAACUUUCUAAUUUGUUGCUGGCAA